AUGUCUUACGGUGUCGUGUGUAUUCCCAAGGAGCGGCUGUUGAUGCAACCGGUACGACGGUAUGACAGACAAAUGAUUCCUAGAUGGACCCAUGAGUCACGGAUGGUGGAUUCCGUCCAUCCGCACCAACUGGACACGACGAGCCAUGCUUUUGCGUUUAGUCAACGAGUAGUAAUGACCAGGAAGAACCCUGUCCCAGCUGGCCAUACAAACCAUGGCCAUCCACAAACUUGGAUGCAUCGAGUCUCUGCGCCGAUCGCGGGUGUGGACGGAACGAAGAAUGCCAGGCUGAUUCGCUCUGGCGUCUCCAAGUCUCCACCUCCCAAUCUCCCCCCUGGAAGCCAUCAUUGGCCAAUGGCUCUCCCGUGA